AAUGUCAAAACAGUAUGUCACUAGUGUUUGGUUGUAAAUUUUCGAGCAGUGAUCUCUAUUCAUAAAUAUUUUAUUUCAUCUAAAUAUGUCCAAGAAGCAAGAUGAAUUUGAUGACAGUGAAUUCGACUGGAUCAACAUCAAGAAAAAAUAUGAAACUGUUCCGGUCACUCAAUCCGAGAAAUUGAUGAAGAAAUUGAAGGAGAACCCAUUUGUACCUGUAGGUGCUAUCCUGACUACAGUAUGUUUGUCAUAUGGUUUGUAUAGCUACAGAACAGGAAAAGCCAAAAUGUCCCAACUCAUGAUGAGAUCUAGAGUGGCCGCUCAGGGUUUCACAGUAUUUGCUCUCGUUUUAGGUAUCGGGAUGGGUUUGCAUAGUAAAUGAGAUGAGUGAUAUACAUGUCGAUAGAACUUCUGAGAUUUUGUUAAUUAUAUAAGAUGAAAGUUAA